ACGUAGACCGCAGCGUCCUUCAUGGCCCCUCCCAAAGCACCAGCGACUUCUACGUCUCCAGCAGACAAUAGCGCCAUUCAUUCAUUAUGGAAAGCCUAUAACGAUACAACACCAUCCCGCCUGAAGCUCAUCGACACUUUCCUGGUGUUCCUCAUGCUCUCUGGCAUAGCGCAAUUCCUGUACUGUAUACUCGUGACCAACUUCCCUUUCAACGCUUUCCUAGCAGGGUUCGGCAGCUGCGUUGGCCAAUUCGUCCUGACUGCGUCGCUGCGGUCCCAAGUCAACCCAGAGAAUAGAGGAGAGUUCAAAGACGUAUCCCCAGAGCGAGCUUUUGCAGACUUCGCUCUAGGAUCCAUUGUGCUACAUUUCUUUGCCUUCAACUUCCUGGGUUGAUUCGCAUGAGCCUGUCUCAUCGAGCUGCUAUUGGGAUGAAGUGCCUUGUCUGACUAUGAUAUUUAGAGUCUAUAAAUACAGA